AUCACAAUUCAACUGUCCCUGCUUUCUCUCUCUACAAUCCCCUCUCUCUAGAGAUUUUCCUUUCUCUUUCUCUCUCUUUUUUUUCAAGGAACUCUUUUCCUAGUUGCCAAACACCGACAGAACCGUCCAGAACCUUCUCGUUCCUCAACCGAGGAUCGCGAUUUCGCCGUAGUUCAGGUCGAUUCUGCAAUUCGAUUCCGUAAUCGAUCGGUUACAGAGCGGUUGAACUUUUUCUCGGAAAGUCGAGCUGCAUGAACUGGUUCGGGAAGCUGGAUUUAUCGUCGAACUUGAAUUUCAAUUUCUUCGUUACUUGUUUGUUGAUUUUUUUCCUCCAUUUUUCGCCUCAAUCGCUCGCUUCCACGUCCAAUUUCCACGACAAUAGCUUCGAACUGUUCUUAAUCGAUAGUAACAGUAAUCUCAAACUUUAUUCCGAAUAUGGAGUCAAGAACUAAGAGUAAUCCUCAAUUAUCCAGAGCUCUCUGCUAUGGGAACGUUAGCAGGCAGCAGGAGAGGACACCUUCUGUUAUUGUCAUUGGUGGCGGCAUGGCUGGGAUUGCUGCUGCUCGUGCACUCCAUGAUGCUUCAUUUCAGGUUGUUCUCUUAGAGUCAAGAGAAAGAAUUGGUGGCCGAAUUCACACUGAUUACUCAUUUGGUUUUCCUGUAGACCUGGGAGCAUCAUGGUUGCAUGGAGUUUCCAAGGAGAAUCCAUUGGCUUCAAUGAUUGGGAGGCUGGGGCUACCGCUUUACCGUACUAGUGGGGAUAACUCUGUGCUCUAUGACCAUGAUUUGGAAAGCUAUGCACUCUUUGAUACAGACGGGAAUCAGGUUCCCCAAGAGUUGGUUACAAAAGUUGGUGAAAUAUUUGAGACAAUUCUACAGGAGACAGAUAAAAUAAGAAAAGAAUCCAGUGAAGACAUGUCUGUACUUCGUGGUCUUUCAAUUGUUUUUGAAAGGAACCCAGAACUGAGGUUGGAUGGGCUUGCCCAUAAGGUGCUUCAGUGGUAUUUAUGCAGAAUGGAGGGCUGGUUUGCUGCAGAUUCUGAUACAAUUUCACUGAAAGGUUGGGACCAGGAAGUGCUGCUCCCUGGUGGUCACGGUCUUAUGGUCAGGGGCUACUUGCCUGUUAUAAAUACUCUUGCCAAGGGUCUUGAUAUUCGCUUGGAGCACAGGGUCACAAAAAUAGUUAGGCGGUAUAACGGGGUGAAGGUGACAGUGGAGAAUGGGAAAACAUUUUUCGCCGAUGCUGCAAUUGUUGCUGUCCCACUUGGGGUGCUUAAAGCAAAGAGAAUAUUAUUUGAGCCAAAGCUCCCAGACUGGAAGGAAGCUGCCAUUGCUGAUCUAGGAAUUGGGCUUGAGAAUAAAAUCAUUUUACACUUCGAAAAUGUGUUUUGGCCUAAUGUGGAGUUCUUGGGUGUAGUUGCAGAGACAUCUUAUGGAUGUAGCUAUUUCCUUAAUCUCCACAAGGCUGCAGGUCAUCCUGUCCUUGUUUAUAUGCCUUCUGGGCGGCUUGCCAAAGACAUUGAAAAGAUGUCUGAUGAAGCAGCUGCUAACUUUGCUUUCACACAACUCAAGAAAAUUCUUCCUGAUGCUUCUUCACCGAUUCAGUAUCUCGUGUCUCGGUGGGGCUCAGAUAUAAAUUCACUAGGUUCAUAUAGCUAUGAUGCAGUAGGAAAACCCCACGAACUGUAUGAGAGGCUACGUGUUCCAGUAGAUAACUUGUUUUUUGCCGGGGAAGCAACAAGUAUGAGCUAUCCAGGGUCUGUUCAUGGUGCAUUCUCCACUGGAAUGAUGGCUGCUGAAGAUUGCAGGAUGCGUGUGCUCGAGCGAUAUGGGGAGCUAGAUUUGUUCCAGCCAGUGAUGGGAGAGGAGACUUCCUUGUCCAUUCCACUUCUGAUAUCUCGUAUGUAAUCAAUCAUCUUUGGGUCACCAACUUCUAUUGGACAGAAUCCCAUACUUGGGUGCCAUUUGUGUUCCACUGUGAUCAAUUAGCAAAUGUUUCGUGCGGUUUUAAAUGUGUCUCGUGAAGUCACCUUUGUGUUGCAUGUCCGUAGUUAAUGUUGUGAAAAACUGGUAAUGUAUAUGUUUUGUAACUGAGAGACGUUGUUGGCACUUGUGGAGUUUGAAUCAUCGGUCUUGAAAUGUCAGAAAUGCAUUUGUUUGUAUCGAGUAUUAAUUUGCGUAGUCAAAUAUGGUAUCAAUGUGGGGAUUUUAUCUCUUGUCGUUUAAAUUAAUUUUUACUGCAGAGCAUAAAA